AUGGCAAUCGCCACUCCACACCAGCACAAAGCUGCUUUUUAUCCAACGACCAACAUCAAAAUGGUCAAGCAAACCCACGACCGCACCAGUUUCUCUAGUAUAAAAGAGAGCGAUGACGGCAUUGCACAGAGUUUCACCACUUCCAAGACCUCUAGCUAUCUGAGAGCAGAAGAUGAAGAAGUCAUCUCAGACGGCUUGAUCACGCCGCCGACGAUGACAAAUCCUCAGAGCGCUUUGCAUGGCGUUGUGUGUCCUUGCAAUGGAUUUAGGGGCUGGAAGGCGAUUAGUCUCAGGGGCAAGGUUGCCAGUAAGAGUUCUGGCGAUUUGAAGGCGUUGCGAAAUAAUUUUGAUUGGGAUGUGAAGAGGGACGUUAGGGCUCCGGUGGCGGCGAGGAGGGAGGAUGGGAGGUGCGAGGCUGGGAAAAGUCCAUUAGAGACGUUGCCUAUGGAAUUACUUGGCUCUAUCAUUGACCAACUUGCUACUGAUAUCCCUCCAAAUGGCUUCACGCCGAGAAAUAUUGACCUUAUGUCUCUGCUGCUCACGUCACAUGGCUUGCAUGCAGCGACUCUGGCAACACUGUAUAAACACAUCACUAUCCCGCACUCUAGGAUCUUCGCCAAGUUCCUCAGUCAUGUUUCUGCGCACCCAGCUUUAGGUACCAUUGUCCGACGAUUGGACUUCUCACACUUCAACCCAACAGGCGCAGGACAAACUCGGCGUGAACGCGAGAACACACAGAAUCUGAUUCCCAAGACAUUGCUUGAGUGUCUUUCUUUGACGCCAAACUUGCGAGAAUUUCUGGUACAAGAGCACAUUGAUGACGAGCUAUCCGCCGCGAUCAUUAAGACUCUACUCUGUGACUUGCCGCAACUCAAAGCUCUCGAUUUCUGCGCCUGCUCAUCAACAUCUUUCCGCGACGCUUUCACCAGCGUCCUUGAAACGUCCACUCUCCCACCGAUCCUCCCCAUCACCCGUCUCAGCUUGCACGAAUGCACCAUUCUUCCCUCCAGCGUCUUUACAGACCUGCUACCCCACCUCCCUCGGUUAACGCAUCUGGAUGCAGCACACACGCGCAUCACCGACACUUCACUCUUCUCCAUCCCGCCAACUGCACAACUAACACAUUUGAACUUGAGCAAAUGCUCGCACCUGUCUGGCGCGGCCGUAGUGGCAUUCCUGUCUAGCCACCCCGCGGCAAAGACGCUGGUGUAUCUUAACCUAGCAAUGGACGCAAAAUCCCACGACCUCCUCUCCGCCACUGAACUCUCAUCCCUCCUCCCCGCGCUCCCUUCGACCCUUAAAUGCCUCUCCCUCAAGGGCUCGAAAAUGGACAGCUCGCAUAUCCCGCUCUUGCUUCCACUCACCAAACAUCUCGAAGAGCUAGGCCUAGGCAGGAAUCUCAAGCUGUCUGAUAUCCAGAAGCUCUUCGUGCCUGACAAAGAGGAAGCGGACUGGGUGAGAAGCGAGCUGCGGUAUGUCGACGUUAGCGAUUUGAGUGCCACGCAACUCGAUCUCGGCACGCUUUUCGGCAGUUCAUGCCCGAUUCUCCAGCGCGCUGCUCGGCCUCUCGAGGUCCUUGAGCUGAGCGAUGAAGUUCAUAAGAAGGUUUCGGUAAGCCACGCUGCCCUGAAGAGGGUGGGGUGGUGUGUUAAGGAGGCCGGGAGGAGAAGUUGGUUGGUCAGGGUUAAGGGCUCUGCUACUGCUUCUGCUCCUACUUCCUGGGGUAGCGCGAAGGAAAAGGAGGAGGAGAAAGAUGGGGGCACGAGGGAGUGGAAGUGGGGGGCUGCUUAUUGGGGGAUGCGGAAGUUUCCUGUUGCGCGCGCGGAGGUUGGGGGGAUGUACGGGCAUUAUAUGUUUAAGCGUUAA